GUUCUUCCCGGCGCGUGCGGAGCAGCCGCUGGCGCCCGGUGUGCAGGAGGACGCAUGGAUCCCGCCGGCCGGUGGCAGAGCCUGCCCAAGGGACCCAGCUUAAAGCAUUUGACUGACCCGUCUUAUGGGAUCCCGCGGGAGCACCAAAAGCCAGCGUUGCAGGAACUGACGCGGGCGCAUGUCGAGUCCUUCAACUACGCUGUGCGCGAGGGCCUCAGCCACGCGGUGCAGGCUAUACCUCCCUUUGAAUUUGCUUUCAAAGAUGAGCGGAUCUCUCUUACUAUUGUGGAUGCUGUCAUCAGUCCACCGAUGGUUCCAAAAGGAAACAUCUGCAAAGAGCUCAACAUUUAUCCCGCAGAAUGUCGGGGCCGGAGGAGUACCUACCGGGGCAAGUUGACAGCUGAUAUCAGCUGGGCAGUGAAUGGCAUCUCAAAAGGAGUCAUUAAACAGUUUCUUGGCUAUGUUCCCAUCAUGGUGAAGUCUAAGCUUUGCAACUUAUACAACCUUCCUCCAAAAGCCCUCAUUGAGCACCAUGAGGAAGCAGAGGAAAUGGGAGGCUAUUUUAUAAUCAAUGGCAUUGAAAAAGUCAUCCGAAUGUUAAUUAUGCCUCGGAGAAAUUUCCCCAUUGCAAUGGUAAGACCAAAAUGGAAAACCAGAGGGCCUGGCUAUACUCAGUAUGGAGUUUCAAUGCACUGUGUAAGGGAAGAACAUUCUGCUGUCAACAUGAACCUUCACUACCUGGAAAAUGGCACGGUUAUGUUGAACUUUAUUUACCGGAAAGAACUAUUUUUCCUUCCUUUGGGAUUUGCACUGAAGGCACUUGUCAACUUCUCCGAUUACCAGAUUUUUCAGGAGCUCAUCAAAGGCAAAGAGGAGGACUCUUUCUUUAGGAACUCCAUUUCUCAGAUGUUAAGGAUCGUAACGGAAGAGGGUUGUUCCACACAAAAACAGGUCCUUAAUUAUCUAGGUGAAUGCUUCAGAGUGAAGCUCAGUCUCCCUGACUGGUACCCAAAUGAACAGGCUGCAGAGUUUCUGUUUAACCAGUGCAUCUGUAUCCACUUGAAAUCCAGUACUGAAAAGUUUUACAUGCUUUGUCUCAUGACCCGGAAGCUCUUUGCUUUAGCCAAAGGAGAGUGCAUGGAGGAGAAUCCUGACAGUUUAGUGAAUCAAGAAGUCCUUACACCUGGUCAGCUCUUCCUUAUGUUUCUGAAGGAAAAAAUGGAAGCUUGGUUAGUGUCUAUAAAAAUUGCUCUAGACAAGAGGGCUCAGAAGGCCAAUGUGUCCAUAAACACUGAAAAUUUGAUGAAGAUUUUUAAUAUGGGAACAGACCUUACAAAACCAUUUGAAUAUCUUCUUGCUACUGGGAAUCUGCGUUCUAAAACAGGUCUUGGCUUCCUGCAAGAUUCUGGACUUUGUGUUGUGGCUGAUAAGCUGAACUUCAUACGCUAUCUCUCCCAUUUCCGCUGUGUGCACAGAGGGGCUGAUUUUGCUAAGAUGAGGACCACCACAGUACGCAGGCUGCUGCCGGAGUCCUGGGGUUUCCUUUGUCCUGUGCACACCCCAGAUGGGGAGCCCUGUGGCCUGAUGAACCACCUGACUGCCGUGUGUGAGGUCGUCACACAGUUUGUGUAUACAGCAUCUAUUCCGGCUUUGCUCUGCAGCUUGGGGGUCACUCCAGUUGAUGGAGCUCCACACCGGCCGUACAGUGAGUGCUACCCUGUCCUGCUGGACGGCGUCAUGGUUGGCUGGGUGGAUAAGGACCUUGCUCCUGGUGUUGCAGAUUCUCUUCGACACUUUAAGGUGUUGAGAGAAAAAAGAAUUCCUCCCUGGAUGGAAGUGGCCCUUAUCCCCAUGACGGGAAAACCAAGUUUAUACCCAGGGUUAUUCCUGUUUACCACUCCUUGUAGACUUGUGCGGCCUGUGCAGAACUUGGAAUUAGGCAAAGAAGAACUAAUUGGAACUAUGGAACAGAUCUUCAUGAACAUUGCCAUCUUCGAGGAUGAGGUUUUGGCCGGAGUUACCACCCACCAGGAGCUCUUCCCUCACAGCCUGCUGAGUGUGAUCGCCAACUUCAUCCCUUUCUCUGAUCACAACCAGAGUCCUCGGAACAUGUACCAGUGCCAGAUGGGGAAGCAAACUAUGGGCUUUCCACUUCUCACUUACCAAGCUCGAUCAGAUAAUAAACUGUAUCGUCUUCAGACUCCACAAAGCCCUUUAGUGAGACCAUACAUGUAUGAUUAUUAUGAUAUGGAUAACUAUCCAAUUGGGACAAAUGCCAUUGUUGCUGUUAUUUCUUACACUGGCUACGAUAUGGAAGAUGCCAUGAUUGUGAAUAAGGCCUCUUGGGAACGGGGCUUUGCCCAUGGAAGUGUCUACAAGUCUGAGUUCAUAGAUCUCUCUGAAAAAAUUAAACAAGGAGAUGAUAGUCUGGUGUUCGGAGUCAAACCUGGUGACCCACGGGUUUUGCAGAAGUUAGAUGAUGAUGGCUUGCCAUUUAUCGGAGCACAGUUGCAGUAUGGAGAUCCGUAUUAUGGCUACCUGAACCUCAACACCGGGGAAAACUUUGUGAUCUACUAUAAGAGUAAAGAAAAUUGCAUUGUGGAUAACAUCAAAGUGUGCAGUAAUGACACCGGCAGUGGGAAAUUCAAGUGUAUUUGCAUCACGAUGAGAGUCCCUCGGAACCCAACUAUCGGAGAUAAAUUUGCCAGUCGUCAUGGGCAGAAGGGCAUCUUGAGCCGGUUGUGGCCAGCUGAGGACAUGCCAUUUUCUGAGAGUGGGAUGGUCCCAGACAUUUUGUUCAAUCCUCAUGGUUUUCCCUCCCGCAUGACCAUUGGUAUGUUAAUUGAGAGUAUGGCGGGGAAGUCUGCUGCUUUGCACGGUCUCUGCCACGAUGCUACACCCUUCACCUUUUCAGAGGAGAACUCAGCCUUAGAAUACUUCGGUGAGAUGUUGAAAGCUGCUGGCUACAACUUCUAUGGCACCGAGAGGCUGUAUAGUGGCAUCAGUGGGAUAGAACUGGAAGCAGACAUCUUCAUAGGCGUGGUUUAUUAUCAACGUUUACGCCACAUGGUCUCAGACAAAUUCCAGGUUAGAACGACGGGAGCCAGAGACAAAGUCACUAACCAGCCUAUUGGGGGAAGAAACGUCCAGGGUGGAAUCCGUUUUGGGGAAAUGGAGCGGGAUGCUCUUUUAGCCCACGGUACAUCUUUUCUCCUUCAUGACCGCCUCUUCAACUGUUCGGAUCGAUCGGUAGCCCACGUGUGCGUGGAGUGUGGUAGUUUACUCUCUCCACUCUUGGAGAAGCCACCGCCUUCUUGGUCUGCCAUGCGCAACAGAAAGUACAACUGUACUUUAUGUAAUCGCAGCGAUACUAUUGACACUGUUUCUGUGCCUUACGUUUUCCGGUAUUUUGUAGCCGAACUGGCAGCUAUGAACAUCAAAGUGAAAUUGGAUGUCAUUUAACCUGAUGUGGCCUUUUGGGUUAGGAAAACUAUCAGAUUAAAAUAAGAUGUAAGUAACUUUAGUUUAGUGAAGAUAUUACUUGGUUACUGUGGAGUUUUUCCAAGGGUGUUAGAGUUUUCAACCAAGACCUAGCAACUGAGAAUUCAGGAUUUCUGAGUCUAUCCAGUAUAAGAACUUCUGAAGUUGAUUUUUAAUACAUUAUGUUCAAAAAAUGAUACACUGGUAAGUAGACGGAUAUACAGGGAAGUCUUUCCAACCCUAGGUUCUUUAUAUCCUAUUUUCAGCAGGCAGUGACCAUCAAACAUUUCUCUGGCUAGAGCAGAGCAGUCCAAUACAAAUACAAUGCAAGCCAUAGAUGUAAUUUUAUAUUUUCUUAUAUCUCCAUUAAAGUAAAAACAAAAGGUGGCUCUAUUGAAAUGUAGUUGUUCUACAAAACUGCACGUAUUUAAUGUAUACAAUCUGAUGGGUUUGAACACAUGCAUACACCUGUGAAAUGAUUGUAAUCAAGGUAAUAAACGCCACUUCCAGAAGAUUCCUUGUGCCCUUUGGAGUCGUGUGUGUUCGUUUUUGGUAAAAACACUGAACUUGACGUCUACCCUGACAUCCAUCCUCUUAACAGAUGUUUAUGUGUACAUGGUAGUAUUGUUAAUGACAGGCACAACGUUGUACAGGUAUCUAGAAUUCACUCGUCUUGUGUUAAGUGGAAUCUGACACCCGUUCAACAGCAACUGCCCGUUUUCCUCGGGCCAUCAUUCUAGUUUCUGUGAGUGACUAGAUACCUCGUAUGAGUGAGAUUAUGGCAGAGUUUGUGCCUCUGUGACUGGCUCAUUUCACUUAGCAUAAUGUCCUUCAGGUUUACUUGUGUCGCAUGUGGCAGAAUUUUUUUUUUCUGAAUAAUAUUCCAUUGUAUGUAUAUAGCACAUUUUAUCUGUUCAUCUCUCAAUGGACAUUUAGGAUGUUUCCGUAUCUCAGAAAUAAUGUUCAUAUACUAUAUUUAAUGUAAUAUCGUCAAAAUGCCAUUUCCAUAUGUAAUAAACAAAUUUAUUGAGAUA